AUGGCUUGUUCAGAAGGGUUCCUGCCUGCGGCUCGUAGGUAUUGCAGCGCCAUGCCAGCUCUGGACAAAAUCUUGUCCUCCAGCAUCGUCCCUACUGCCAACCCCUGCUGCAGGAGCUCUUUUGUAGUGCAUCCCGCCUGGAUCGCCGAGCCCCUCACCCCCCAGAGGUGCCAGUGGAUCAGCCGCUGCUUCCCCUCCCCUGGCCCAGCAUGGAAGAGGCUGAGCGCAUCGGGGAGAUCAGUGAGCUUAGACAGCAACAUCCCUGUGCUGGUGAGAGGGGAACAAGAUGGAUUUUAUUACGAGGGUACAGUAAAAGAGGAGAUAGAGGAAAAUGAGAGAGGCAUGUUCCUGGUAGAGUUUGCCAAACCACUUGUGUCAUGUGGAAGGCUUCCAGUGUGUGUGCAAAAAACAGCAAAAGAUAACAUCCUGGAAUAUGUGAAUGGCAUGAAGCACUCCUUACUCCCUGGAGACAAAGUGCUGGCACCCUGGGAGCCAGAUAUGGCCAGGUAUGGCCCGGGAACCGUCCUCAUGGGUAUUGAGACAAGGGACCCCUUACGAGCCUCAGAAGAUGAAGAAAUUAUAGUCCAGUUCUGGAAUGACAAGACAGUGAAACUCCCACGAGGUGUGGCUCUGUGGAUCCCUCCUAGCCUGUGGGAGAGGAUUGUAGAGAUGAUCCACAUGCCUUUCACCAGUAGGGUGAAGCCCAGAGAAAGUCCAGACAUUAACUCUUGUAAUUUUUCCUGCAGUCCCAAAACAGCCCUGAUUCCUGUUUGUGCUGUGCGUAGCCUUGCAAAGCACCACUUGCUCUGCUCACCCUGCUGGCCACAUUUCCACUAUCACUGUGAUGGUACAUGCUGUUUGUCAGCAUACGUAAGGUGCAUCUGCUGCUGCCAUCCCCGUGUUGAUGCCUGGUGGCCUCUUCCAUCCAGGUCUCUGGUCUUUCAGAGUGAAACUGAAGAGGCAGAGUCCAGCAGCAAGCCCUCUCCAUGCCUUCUAGAACUGAAAGGCCCCAAACAAGAAGCAGCAGCAGCUGUGGCAGCAUCUUCCCCCUCUUCUGAUUCAGAGUGUGACCUGGAGCCAUUCCCCACAAAGAGUACUGUGGUGGACAGUGCUGUUAACACAGGCUCCAGCUGUCUUCAAAAGCCCAGGCUAAAGGAUUCUGCAAGACUUGAGUGGAAAUAUUGGAAAAGAAGCCACCACAAGUCCCAUCCCUCUGAUCCAGGACUUGGCAAUUGCAGCAGCACAUGUACAAAGGAUAAGCCGGAAUCCGAAGUCAUCUCUGUUGGGGAUGUGUCCUGUGUUGCCCCGAGUAAUUGGAGUGCACUGUCUGAAACCAUCGAGCAGUCUCCCAGAGGGCAACUCACAAUGAAAGAAAUCUUCAUAGACCAAGAUUUCAAGCCAUUGUUGGAGGUAAGGUAAUCUGUAUUAACACUGUAUUUAUGUAAACAUACAGGUUGUUUGAAUGGAAGAAAGAUUCUUGUUAAUGGUCUAGAAGCUGGCUAGAAAAAUACAUUGUUUCUAACUGUUUGCUAAGGCCAUCCACCAGUUUUGUGACAGGCAGGAACCUUCACCAAAACAAAACAUAAAUUCCAAAACCCUAAAGAAGGGCUGAAGCUACUUGGUGAAAUGGAAAAGACCAGUAUGGAGCUUCAUGCAGACAUGCUGUGUUAGCAGUGUCACAGCUGUGCACUGAAGUGACAUGCUUUGCCUUUUGAUAAAACUAAAAAGAAACCAGAGUGGUUUCAUUCUAGCCUCAAACUGGCAGCAUGGAUCACAGUAGUGGAUGCAAUGUGGUAAUACAGAUUAUGACAUGCUUUUAUUCCUGUGAAACAGCCCUUGUUGUUUUUAAACCUAGAAGGUACAUUGCUACUUCUUGAGAUAGCUGAAGCAGUUAUGUAAUACAGACUUCAUCAGAAGUAACUUGCCACAAAGAAGUGAAGGUAGAGACCAGGCUUCUUGGAGGUGCUCUCUGUGGGGCUAAUGUCCUCCCACUAUAUUCACCAAAAAUCCCCCUAACUUCUAAAGAAGCAAAAGUUUGGGUCAAAGCCUAACAGUUUCUGAAAAGCGUUCAGUCUUAUUGGAUGCUUUUGUGUUUCAACAGUAAAGCUUGUACUAGCACAGAAACAGUGACCAUUAUUAAAGCUGAGUGAGGCAGAGGUGCCUAGUUUACAGCCAGGAAAGCAGCAGUUACAAGGACACUGAUACUUUCUUUCAGAGUAGACUUCCAAGGGAUUUGUUUUCUGUCCUCCAGGAAGGUUUUACAGCAUCAGAAAAAGAUAUAAAACAGAAAGAAAUAAAACAGAGUCAAAUGAUAAACAUAAAGCAAUUUGUAUAGAAGAUGAUGAACUUGAUGAUAUAGACCAUGUCAGAAUAGGACAGAAAAAACAGCAAAGAGCUCAUUUGCAACAAACCAGAGACACAUUAUCAAACAGAAUUCAAUAAAUGUACAACUGAUGAAGUUCAGGAGCUGAAAUUUCAUGUAAACUGCUUAUACUACAUCAGUGUUACAUUUAUUAAGCAAAUCAAGUUCUGAUUUAGGUACUGUCUCUUUAGAAUACCUUUAUGGAUAACUGUAUAAUUUUAAUAACUGAGAAACUCUUAUUUCCAUGCACAUCAAAUUUCAGCAUACUUAUUCUCUACUCCAAGGUGUUGUAUUAAAUUCCUAAUUAUUUGAACUUGACUUUACAAUUCUGGAGAGAUCAGGUAAACUAGUACGAGGACUAAAAGCCUGAACAGAUGCACAGCAAGGGUCUAAUAAACCUCCAAUUUGUCUACAGUUCUCUUGAGUCAGCCAGAGGAAUUCAGCAUAGCGGUUUUUGUAGAAAGCCAGAAGGAAUGGAGAAACAAUACAAGUUGGCAGCUGAAAGUAUUUUUUUUCCAGGAUUAAAGUGUAAGAGAAAGUAAGGAGAGGGUAAAGGACCUGCUACUGUACACACAAACAACAAAAUGCUUAGAGAUCAAGCAUUCAAGUUGCUGAAUUUUAUAUUCCCAUGAAAAUUAACUGAAACACUAAUACCAUCAGCUACAAAAAGAUUAUAUAUAUAUAUAUAUAUAUAUAUAUAUAUGCCAUGUCAUUAAUUUGAACUGUGGAACCUGAUCCUUCAGGAGAGUUAAGUAUCCAGGGGGUCUCAUUAGUGGAACUGCUCAUGUUUAAAGUGUAUGAGCUUGGCCAUAAACUGCAGCAUGAAGUUGCUCAGUGAUACUUUUCCCCUGCAGGAAAUAAGAGGUAAUUCAGAGUACCUGACUGCCUCCUGAAAAAGGCAGCUGGCUGGUGUUUAGCCCAGGUAAGAGCCUGCAGAGACAGGACUUGAAGGGGCAAUGCUUUAUGAGCCUAUACUGAAAGUGUGACACACAUUCAAGCGCCUUCCUGAGUUGGGGUCCUAGACAGUAAAUUUCAUUGGCAUUUUAUUUCUUUGUCAGAAUAAUAAAAGUACAGAUAGCAGAGAUGUUUUGUGAGUCAGCUGCUCUAAAAUCAGUGCCAGCCCCCAGAAGCUCAUGUACAUCCAUAUUUACACAUGGAUCAUGCUCUCUAUGGUCAAGAAUGUGACAUGGACAUUCUGUCUGAGAAUAAUAUAAAAGAAGCUGUCAUCACAAAGACUAAAUUGUAUUUUAUUCCACUGAUUGUAUCUAAUUGUUAAAAGCAUAAAAACCUGGAAUUACACAGUCACAUAAUCAGAUCUAAGGCAUACAAUGUACAAAUAUUUAUAAAAUCAGUGUAUAAAAUGGGCUGCAUAUAAUUGCAUUAAGUA